GAAGUUCACACAAGAUCAAGAGAUCAUCUCAAUAUAUAUAUAUACUCUAUUUACUACAAAUUAAGCUCUUAUUAAUUAUAUUCCCACAAAAUUUCUCAACUAUGAAAGUAAUCAAAACACCACAUCAUCAUCUUCUCACCAUCAUCAUCAUCAUCAUCUUCCUCUCAUUAACUGUGGCCAGAGGUGGCGAUGGAUGGCAACUCCUGCAGAGAAGCACAGGAGUGUCAGCCAUGCACAUGCAACUUCUCCACAACGAUCGUGUGAUUAUCUUCGACCGCACCGACUUCGGCAAAUCAAACAUCUCCCUCCCCGACGGCCGGUGCCGGCACAACGACCAUGUUAUCAAAGUGGACUGCACAGCCCAUUCAGUAGAGUUUGACGUGGCCGGCAACACAAUCCGGCCACUCAUGAUCCUCACUGACACAUGGUGCUCCUCCGGCACCGUCCACCCGGAUGGCCACCUCGUCCAAACCGGCGGUUUCAGCAACAGCGAUAGCACUGUGAGAACUAUCGAACCAUGCAAAGACAAAAGCUGUGACUGGUCUGAGACCCCACACAGCCUCGCUGUCGGCCGUUGGUACUCCACCAACCAAAUCCUCCCUGACGGCGGUGCAAUCAUCGUCGGUGGACGCAAGCAAUUCAACUACGAGUUCUAUCCCAAGACUAAUGGAGCCGCCGGAGCCAUACCUCUCCAGUUCCUCCUCGAGACCACUGAUGCGUAUUCUGAGAACAAUCUCUACCCUUUCGUUCACCUCAACAUCGAUGGAAAUCUCUUCAUCUUCGCCAACAACAGAGCCAUCUUAUUGAACUAUAAGGACAACAAGGUGGUCAGAACCUACCCGGCGAUGCCCGGCGGCCAUCCUCGGAACUAUCCUAGCAGUGGUUCUUCGGUACUACUACCACUAAAAUUACCUCACCCUACGGAAGCUGAGGUUUUGGUGUGUGGAGGAGCACCCAAGUUAUCAUUUAACAAAGCUAAGUAUUAUGGGACAUUCGUAGAGGCAUUGAACUCGUGCGGGAGGAUAAGAAUCACUGAUGAGUCGCCGUCCUGGGCCAUGGAGACAAUGCCGACGGCGAGGACCAUGGGAGACAUGCUCCUACUUCCAAAUGGCUUAGAAGUGCUCAUUGUCAAUGGAGCAGCGUUAGGAACCGCCGGUUGGGAGUACGGACGGGAUCCAGUACUAACUCCGGUUGUUUACCGGCAUUAUAAUUCUCCGGGGAGUCGGUUUUCAGUGCAUGGAGCAGCGGCAAGGCCAAGGCUUUAUCACUCCACCGCUGUGCUUCUUAGAGAUGGCCGGGUGCUGGCCGGUGGGAGUAACCCACACGUUUACUAUAACUUUUCCGGUGUGGAAUACCCGACGGACUUGAGCUUGGAGGCGUACUCGCCGGAGUAUCUCAGUUCGGAGUACUCCAAGUUGAGGCCAAAGAUAAUUAGUCCAACAACAAUGGAUCUGAAAUAUGGAAACUUAAUGAAGCUCAGGUUUUCAGUUGGAGAGUUGAGCAAUAAUAUUGGUGGAGUUGCAGUGACGAUGGUGGCGCCGGCUUUUGCCACACAUUCGUUUUCAAUGAACCAGAGGCUACUGUUCUUGGACUGUGGGAAGCCGGCGGUGAUGGAUGGUAAUUAUGAGAUACAGGCGGUGGCGCCGGAGUCCGGCGUGUUGGCUCCUCCAGGGUAUUAUAUGGUGUUUCUUGUUAAUGGUGGGAUUCCAAGUGAAGGCAUGUGGGUGCAUAUACAGUGAAUGAGUCAUCAUAUAUAUAUAUAUAUAUAGGGGGAUAUAUUUAAUUAUAUAUAUACAGUAAUAUAUAUAUAUAUACAGAUAUAUAGUAGGAGUGAAUGAAUUAAGGGAUGGGAUAAGAUUGAGGUGUUUAAUUUAUGUUAUAUUCUGAAUAUGUUCUGCUUUUAGUUUUAAAAAAAGAAAUGAUUAAUUGUUUAUGUAGUUAAUUAUUAAUAAAUGAAUGUCUGUUUAAUUAUAGGAUCAGGACACCAUGAAUGGGCAUCGCCCAUUGAUGUAGAGCUGUCUUGCAAUUCGUUUGGUUUGGUUUCAAAUGGCAAUAUAUAUAUUUGGGUCCCA